CUUUCCUUGGGGCAGUUACGGCUCAGAGUUGCCUUAAAUAGUUUUUAUAAUUGUGGGUGUUAAGCUCCAUAUUCAGAGAAACUCUUACGAGUUUCUUACCUGGGAGCUGGGUCUGGGUAGGAGGAAAAAGAAGUAGGGGACUUCUGUACGUGUCCUGCUUUAAUUGUGAGGCUGAGGAGAACGUGACUACCUUUAUACAAAGUCUUGAGUGACUGAAAGAUUUAAUUAUUCUGGGGGGGUGAACGUGAUCCUGGGCUCUGCACGAAGGACUCUGAGCAUCCCGUAGCCAUUUGAUUUGAUGUUCAGACUGAAGAAGCAAUCACGAUGUCAGCUUCCAGACAAAUGUUUUUGUGGUUUACAGUCUGACCCUUAUUUGUACACGUGACAUGAGAGGCUUUCCGAAUCUGCUGCUGGCUCUAAAAUUUAAACUACUGAAGAUCAGGGGAGAGCUCUGCUGGGGACAUUGUCACGUGUACUCAUGGAGCAAACUGUGGCUGUCAGCGAAGAAUUCAUCAGGCAGUUUAGAUCUGAAACUUGACAAUUUUUUCACUGCAGUAGGAAAUUUGAGCUUUACUGAGAAACAUUGAGCAUGCAGGGUUAAGAGCAACCUUGUUGCACUGGAAGUUGAAACUCCAACUCAGAUUUCUUUAGUGGAUGAAACUUCUGGUGAGAAAGAAGAUAUAGAGGUGACGCUUCUACCAGCUGGUCACUGCCCAGGAUCGGUCAUGUUUUUGUUUCAAGGUGAAAAUGGCACCGUGCUGUACACGGGGGAUUUCAGGCUUGCAAAAGGAGAAGCAGCCAGAAUGGAGCUUUUGCAUUCAGGGACCAGAGUAAAGGACAUUCAGAGCGUGUAUUUGGACACCACUUUUUGUGAUCCCAAAUUUUAUCAUAUACCAAGCAGGGAGGAGUGUCUAAAUGGGAUCUUAGAGUUAGUGCGAAGCUGGACCUCGCUGAGUCGCUAUCACAUUGUGUGGCUGAAUUGCAAAGCUGCUUAUGGUUACGAAUAUUUAUUCAUUAACCUCAGUGAGGAACUUGGAAUCAAGGUGCACGUGAACAGGCUUGAUAUGUUCAGAAACAUGCCAGAAAUCCUCUACCAUGUUACUACAGACCGGCACACUCAGAUUCAUGCCUGUCGACAUCCUCGGGAUGAUGACUUCUUUCGAGGAAACAGACUGCCCUGCGGAAUGACUUGCCAAAACGGAACUCCCUUGCGCAUAAUUAGCAUCAAACCCUCCACUAUGUGGUUUGGAGAAAGGAUCAAGAAAACCAGUGUAAUUGUGAGGACUGGGGAGAGUACAUACAGAGCUUGUUUCUCUUUCCACUCUUCAUUCAGUGAGAUUAAGGAUUUCUUGCGUUACAUCUCUCCGGUGAACGUGUACCCCAACGUGCUGCCGGUGGGUGGGACAGAAGACAAAGUUAUGGAACUAUUGCAGCCGCUAUGCAGAUCGUACAGGAGAAAUACGGAACCCAGGUACAAGCCCCUAGGAACACUAAAGAGAGUCCACAAAAGAGAUUUAUCUGAUACAGAUGAAGAUGAUCUCUUUGAUACAGACCUGAGCUCUGCAAGGCCUAAGAUUUCCAAGCAGCAGAGAGAAGAGAGCAGGCCCUCCAAAACAACGCGGCCUGAAAAUGCUGAAGGAAACACGAACGAGAGCACGGACAGCUACAAAGCGCCCCUAACUUAUACCUCCCUCCAGGUGGACUUCAUGGACUGCGAGGAGUCAAAUGAUGAUGAUGACGACGAUGACGACGAAGAAGACGACACAGAAGAUUCUGAAAAAAAUACAGCUCACGUUCUUCCCCAGGAGUCAGAUGCCACUUCUACAGCAAAUUCCAGUGGCGUACCUGGCGACCAGCAGGAGCCUAAAGCUGACGUCCCGUGCUGGGAUGCGUUUUUUAAGUGUGACAGGCUGGAUGAAAGCUCUGAAAACGAGGACAACUUCCCGUCCUCAGCAGGUGCUGGUGGGUCCCAGUCACUCUUCAGCGAUUCGGAUGGGGUGAGCGACUCCACCCACAUCUCCUCCCAGAACUCCUCUCAGUCGACACACAUAUCGGAGCAGGGCAGCCAGGGCUGGGACAGCCAGAUGGACACGGUGCUCAUCACCUCCCAGGAGAGGAACGCCGCUGACUUCAGCUGCUUCAGCAGAGCCGGGGGCAGGACGGUUCCUGCGCCACACGAGGCUGCCAAGGAGAGUCAAGCUGACAACAGCAGCUGGAAGGCACCGGGUCAGAACAGGCCUUGUGCCUCUGAUGUCAUCUGUGACUUGAAAAGCAGAGACUCGGAGAAGGAAGCAGAAGCUGGCACUGCUCGUGUUCAGGAGGUGCUGGUGGAAACGCGUGACACUUCUAGGGCUCCCGAUCUGGAACUGAAGAGGGACUCCCAGAGCUCCUCGGACUUUGAAAUUCCCUUGACCCCUGACGCCGAGUUACCUCAGCCAGACAAGCUGUACUGCCUGUAUAAGAAGCUAGCAGCAGGUGAAAGCAUAGUGAGAAAACUCCCCUGAAGACAGGUAGAACGGAUUACAUCGUGAGAACAGGGCCAUUUUUCUUUGAGCCCCAAAUUAUUUUUCUCUUUAGUGCCAAUUACUACUUGCACUUAAGGUAACUUACACAGUUUUUCAGUAUUACUAUCAUAAAUAUUCUGCAGCCCCUGUAACUUCUGUUGUUCCUUCCAUGAAGUAUUUUAAGAAAGUACUUCCAGAGGGGACUGUAAAAGCCUUCUACCUCCUAAAGUUCAGUUCUCCAGGGCUGUAAGUAGGUAGAUAGAUAGAACAGACAAAUUUAAGGAUGGGACACUAAGUGAAAUUUAGUGUUUACUUUUAUCAUGAGCUCUAAGAGUUUACCUUUUAUGCACGUGAUCUCAGGUUUUAAUACAAUACUACAUUUUUAACUGGGGGGGGGGGGGGGGGGCAGAAUGUGGCGUCUUCCAGGGAUGGCCACGUAAAUAAUGUGAAGGGCUGCACUGCGGCUUUAGGAAAUCCCGAGUUUGCACUGCAGCCAUUUUAAAGGACUGCAGAACUGAGCAGAGAAUGACUGAGCAAAGUUUUGGCUGCCUUUUAUUUUUGUCUGGUCGUUUCUUUAAAUCAAACCGCUCUGUCUUUAAAGCGAGCGGGUACUAAACACCACUGCCUAUGGUUUAAAUCUAACUCACUACAACCCACUUGUCAUCAGUUCCUCUGCUGUGGUUCAUUCUCAGUCUUUCAGAGCUACCU